AUGGCUGUGCAGCCUAAUGUCGUGAAUAUUACUGACGAACUUAUUACUGGUGGACUUGCUGCACUCAUGCUGAAGCUGUGGUUUGAACGCGACGAACGGGGUAACCGACGUGUUCCUGUCCUCUUCCAUCGACUGCGCGUACGUAUCAGUGAUAGUCUACAUCCUUUGAGUGGAAAUAAGGCGGUGUUCCGUAUUGAAUGCGAGUACGCGAACGGAUUUGCACGUUGGGUUAUAUAUAGGCAGCUACGUGACUUCGUAUCCCUGCAUACACACUAUCGACUAUCGAAUGCCUUUAACCGUAAUGUCGAUGCAUUGCCGGAGUUUCCGAAAACAAGUCUGCCUUACUUCAAGUUCCUAAGAGAGAAAGGAAAAGAAAAUGACCGGGAAGUUAAGAAGGCCGAUUUUGCUCGGAUGCAGCGCGAAAGUCUAGAGAACUAUCUCAUUGGUCUUAUCCGUGCUGUGAUGUUCCACCCGACCUCGAAUCGCAUGGCCGGCUUUCUCGAAAUAAGUGCCCUUUCUAUCGCUUUGGCCCAGUCUGGUGGGUGGCAAGCAAAGGCUGGUAUGCUUACCAUUGAAUCUGCUUCAAAGAAGAGCGGAGGCUUUGGCAAGAAGAGUUCCUCAUGGUCAGCGAAGAGGAAGCAGCGAUGGAGUGCACUCCGAGAAAGCUAUCUCGUUGCUGUAGAAGAACCCGGCGAGGUCAAUAUCUGGGAUGUAUUCAUGCUCGAUCCUGAUUUCAAGAUUGAGCGUCCAAAAAGAUAUUAUCGGCAAGGCCUCAAUAUGUUGCAACACACCCAUGGCUCGGAAUCUGGUUCCGAUAGUCCGGGAACGCCCAUGGCUGACCCAUCAACGAAUGUGGAUCCAAUGCAAGGAGAUGAGCAUGAGUAUGAGCAUGGCGAUGACCAGCAGCCGGACGUAGCUGAGGCGGAGAAGCAAUUGCAGCAACGGCGGAGUAAAGGCAAAAAACGUACUAAGGAUGUAUCGAGACACACUUUCUUCGUGUCAAAUUCACAGAUGCGGCUGAAACUGUUCGCAAAGAAUGAUCGACAAAUGCAGCAGUGGAUCACUGCAUUCGAGAAGACUGCGAACUCAUCUCAUUGGACUGGCCGGAAUAGAUUUGAUAGUUUUGCACCGAUUCGUCUGAAUGUUGCUGCUCAAUGGCUGGUUGAUGGACGCGAUUACAUGUGGAAUCUCUCUAGGGCUAUCUUGAUGGCGCGAGAGCGCAUUUACAUCCAUGAUUGGUGGCUUUCUCCAGAGCUUCAAAUGCGGCGGCCAAACAAGGAGCAUUAUAGAUUGGACAAGCUUCUCCAGCGAAAGGCGUACGAGGGUGUAAAGAUAUACAUAAUAUUAUAUCAAGAGGUGUCAAAUAGAACUACACCAACAGAUAGCAGCUAUACGAAACAGCGCUUGGCUGCUCUUCAUCCCAAUAUCAUGAUCCAGCGUUCACCUUCACAUUUCCAGACAGGAACAUUUUAUUGGGCUCAUCAUGAGAAGCUUUGUGUUAUUGACGAAGCCAUUGCAUUUAUGGGUGGCAUAGACUUGUCCUUCGGUCGUUGGGACACUCCGCAGCACAUUCUUAUCGAUACUCCCGGAGUGGAUAGCGAAGAUCCAGCUCAGAUUUGGCCAGGCAAAGACUAUAGUAAUGCGCGUAUGAGCGACUUCUUCACGUUGAACAAGCCAUUCGAAGAUAUGUAUGAUAGGGAAAGGAUCCCGCGAAUGCCUUGGCACGAUGUCGGUGUUCAAAUUGUUGGUCAACCUGCCCGGGAUUUAUGUCGGCAUUUCGUGCAACGAUGGAAUUAUCUACUUCGGAUCAAAAACCACACUCGAACGAUGCCUUUCCUACUUCCACCCCCAGAUUUCAGGUUACAUGACUUGAACGAACAAGGAUUGACGGGCACAUGCGAGGUUCAGAUAUGCCGUUCCUGUGGUCCGUGGUCAAUGGGAACACCGACGAGGGUAGAGCAUUCGAUUCAGAAUGCGUAUUUGAAAGCAAUUCAGUUGUCGGACCAUUUCGUAUAUAUUGAGAAUCAAUUCUUUAUCACUUCGACAAAUGUUAACGAUACACCUAUCGAGAACAAGAUCGGUGAUGCGCUUGUACAUCGUAUAAUUCGCGCUCACCGCGAAGGGACGACGUGGAAAUGCUGCAUUGUGAUUCCACUGUUACCGGGUUUCCCAUACCCAGUAGAUCAUUCGGAUGCAUCUGCGGUCCGGAUUAUUCUCGAAUGCCAGAAUCGAACGAUCUGCAGGGGUCCAAAUUCUAUUUUCUCUAGGCUAAAGAAAGAAGGCAUAGAUCCGGAUGAGUACAUCUCCGUUUUCUGCCUCCGUAGCUGGGGAAAGCUGCCAGGGAACGUUCUGACAUCGGAGAUGGUUUACGUUCAUGGGAAAGUCUGCAUCGUCGACGAUCGUUUCGCUAUUAUUGGGUCUGCGAACAUCAAUGAACGAUCCCAGAGGGGCGACAGGGACUCAGAGCUUGCGGUGAUCAUUAGGGAUACCGAUAUGGUUGAUGGAACUAUGGCUGGGAAACCGUACAAGGUUGGGAGGUUCGCGCAUACCUUGCGUGUCCGCCUUAUGCGCGAGCAUCUUGGUGUUGAUGUUGACGCUAUGUAUGAAGAGGAUUUGAUGGCUAUCAAUCCUGAAAAGGAUGAGGUUGAUUUGGACGCUUGGGACCCAGACAAAGAACAACGGAGAGGCCCGGAUGAUGGAGUUACGAAAGCAGGUAAAGCUCAUGAGAGAACUGCGCUGAACGAAGCAGCUGGGGAGUUGAAAGAUACUCUUCAUGGGACAGAAUUUGGCACUGAGAAGGACACUGGGUACUAUCUUAGAAAAGUUGGCAUCAAAUCUUCUGGGGCCGACGCAACAGCCGAUGAUAAAUACCUCGAAGAAGAACGUCAAGACUUUUCGAAAGAUGGGAAGAAAGGGCCUGGCUUUGCAAGUGCGAUAGUUCCGACACUUGAAGAGAAGACUAUUCUUGAGCAUCGGCCGCCGCCAGAGCAGUCAAACGGUGACAGACCUUCCGCCGACGCUAACCAUGAUUCCAAAGGCGAUUCAGAGCCACACGAGGCUCGUGUGCACAAUGGCUCGAGGGAGUUGUUCGGCGCUCCAGCAGAUGCUUCCAAGAGUCCGCAGUCGGACGACGAGGUCCCUCAUGCACGUGGUGCGAGGGGUGAACCGACUGAUGAGGAGAAAGCGGCAGUCAACGCCCGCAAGUCUAUUCGCAGGCACUUAGAAGCUAAUAUUGGCACAAACCCUUGGACGCUUCUCACUCCCACUCCCGAGGUCGAUCCACAUGGGUUUGAGGACCCUGUGUGCGAUGCGUUUUGGAAGAAUGUAUGGGUUGCAUGUGCUGUGCAUAACACCGAGAUCUUCCGAAAGGUGUUCCAUUGUAUUCCUGAUGAUACGGUAACGACUUGGAAGCAGUAUAAGGAAUUCGUGCUUCAUCAUGAACGCAUGAAUAAACCAGUUAAGGACACAUCCGAGCCUGUAGGCCGUGUCCCUUCCGAGACGGGGGACGAGGAUGCUUUGGGUCACGAGAAGGAUUCAAAGGAGGCGGAGUCCAACGAGAAAGCAGAUGAUAUCUCAAGACACGACACGUUAAAGGCCAAGGGUUCCGUUCGCACGAGUGCAAGCAGUAGCCGGACUCAGAACAAUCGGUCACAGACGCCGAGCAACUUGGGUAUUAAAGAUUCGGGCACGAAAGAUGAUAUCCGACGUACGCCAUCACGUGCAGAUCGACCGUUUGAGAAGUGGGAGCGCGAUGAGAUGGAGAAGCUUUUGGGAGAACUGCGUGGGCAUCUUGUGUUGUAUCCGACUCGGUUCCUUGAAGGAGAGGACGUUGCGAAUAAUUUCUUGUUCAAUGCCGAUAGGCUUUUGCCUAUGCCGAUUUACGAUUAA